AAUAUUAAACAAUAACAACCCUCAAAGUUUCCAUAUUAAACCUUGACCCGUCUUCCCCUCUUUCUUCUUCUUCUCUCCUCCACGCGGCCAUUCCGGCCAUUCCACCCCGAGGCUUGGCUCUCUCUUCCCCUCUCCUCCCCUUCUCGUCCCGUUGCCUAACGAUUCUAAAACCCUAAUCCUUCUUCCCUCCUCCUCCUCCGUCUGUACCAGAAACUAGGGUUUCUACCUCGAUUGUUCCCCUUUUCCCCAAAUCUAGGGGAUUUCUGCCAUCGGUUCGAUUAUAGCAUGGCGGAGCGAGCAGAUUGAGGUUCGCUGAAGGGUAGAGAGGACUGAAAGGGGCGGAAGAUAUGUACAGGGAUCGAGGAGCGAGCGGGUCGAAGCCGGAGAUUGGGACCCUCGAUCGGAAGCGGAUCAAUGACGCCCUAGAUAAGCACCUGGAGAAAUCGUCGCCGUCGACUUCCAGGGGGCUGAAUGGGAGGGAGAAGGAGAGACUCUCCGUGCCGUCCACCUCUGUCGGAAAGCAGCUGGACCACCACAGGAACCAACGCUCUGCCCCUCUUUCCAAUGAAUCUGAAACAGAAAGUGAAGAAUCAGACGUUAGUGGUUCUGAUGGUGAGGACACAUCUUGGAUUUCAUGGUUCUGUAACCUAAGAGGGAAUGAAUUCUUUUGCGAAGUUGAUGACGAGUACAUACAAGAUGACUUCAAUCUUUGCGGGCUAAGCGGCCAGGUUCCUUACUAUGACUAUGCCCUCGAUCUGAUUUUGGAUGUCGAAUCCUCUCACGGGGAUAUGUUUACUGAGGAACAAAAUGAGUUGGUCGAAUCAGCAGCGGAGAUGUUAUAUGGUCUGAUUCAUGUAAGAUACAUACUGACCAGCAAAGGAAUGGCUGCAAUGUUAGAGAAGUACAAGAAUUAUGGUUUUGGAAGAUGCCCAAGAGUUUAUUGCUGUGGUCAGCCCUGCCUUCCAGUUGGGCAAUCAGACAUUCCUCGAUCUAGUACUGUUAAGAUCUACUGUCCAAAGUGUGAAGACAUAUACUACCCUAGAUCUAAGUACCAAGGCAAUGUUGAUGGAGCUUACUUUGGCACCACCUUCCCUCACCUGUUCCUGAUGACAUAUGCACACCUGAAGCCGCAAAAGCCAUCACAGCGUUAUGUUCCAAGAGUAUUUGGCUUUAAAAUUCACAAACCAUGAUGUUGGAGGUGGAAUAUUUAUAAUGAAACAGCUCAUAAGCUUCAUCAUUCUACUUUUAUUAGAGGAGAUACUCUGCGCAACCCUGCAAGGUGAUUAGAGUGCAAGAUCAAACUAAUUACCAGUUUUAUAUAUUGAAGAAACAUCUGAAACUAAUGAAGCUAUUGCUUUAUUUGAUAUUAGCUGUAACUAAAGUGCCUUCUUAAAUUUUCACGGUUUGAGAAUUAUUUUCAUGCCUCAUUUUUGUAACUGCCCGUAUUGCCCUUAAUUGAUUGGAUGCAUGUUUGCAUACGUAA